CAGGGAUACACACCACACGAUUGCGAUACUGAGGUUUAAAGUUCAUCCUCCACUCAUAGAAAACACUGCUGCAUAUCAAAUGAGAUGACCUCAUUUUUAAUGCCAAAACCUGGAUACGAGGAAAUAAUGAUACUAACAUGUUACUUGUCGGGGACAUUAAACAUCAUUGCGCAAAACAGGAAAAGUUCACCUAAAGAUCUGGCUCAAAGAGUCGACUCAUUCCUGAACGACUCAUCACCUGUAAUGAAUCCUCCUUCCUUAAGUGAAAGUGUUUCUCCCUCAGACUCGACUACAUUUUGUGGAGCAGUUGGAAAAAGGUAGAAACGGUGAUAUUAAUCUCACACAACAAGGAUUGUUGACUAAAGGAGUGUGCUCCAUUCCAGCAGAAGAGAUCAGACUCUUCAGGACUCAGCUGUGUGUUUGUGCAAACUUUACUAAUUUUCAAAGAUGGAGACCCCUGAUCUGGACACAGAUAAUGUUUCCCCACACUCAAAAACCAGGCAUGUUGGUCAUGUAGGCUGGGAUCCUAACACAGGAUUUGAUGUUAAUAAUCUAGACCCAGAACUGAAGAACCUGUUUGACAUGUGCGGUAUUUCUGAAGCCCAGCUAAAAGACCAGAAGACAUCAAAAGUUAUCUAUGAUUUUAUCGAGAAAAAAGGAGGCGUGGAGGCUGUAAAGACUGAGAUCAGAAGACAAGCCCCUCCCACUCCUCCUCCGCCCUCACGAAGUGGUGUUCCUCCUCCUCUCCAAAUGACUAAAGGAGUGUCUAAAAUGUUGUUCUGUAAACUCCAUGGAAAGAGAUCAGAAUCACCAGCACCCAGCCGUAUCUCAGUGAAGAGUGAUGAGUCUAUGUUCAUGCCUCUGAAUUUUAAAGAUGGAGACUCCUCACUUCUACACGGGCAUGUUGGUCAUGUAGGCUGGGAUCCUAACACGGGAUUUGAUGUUAAUAAUCUAGACCCAGAACUGAAGAACCUGUUUGACAUGUGCGGUAUUUCUGAAGCCCAGCUAAAAGACCAGAAGACAUCAAAAGUUAUCUAUGAUUUUAUCGAGAAAAAAGGAGGCGUGGAGGCUGUAAAGACUGAGAUCAGAAGACAAGCCCCUCCCACUCCUCCUCCGCCCUCACGAAGUGGUGUUCCUCCUCCUGUCCAAAUGACUAAAGGAGUGUCUAAAAUGUUGUGCAGUAAACUCCAUGGAAAGAGAUCAGAAUCACCAGCACCCAGCCGUAUCUCAGUGAAGAGUGAUGAGUCUAUGUUCAUGCCUCUGAAUUUUAAAGAUGGAGACUCCUCACUUCUACACGGGCAUGUUGGUCAUGUAGGCUGGGAUCCUAACACAGGAUUUGAUGUUAAUAAUCUAGACCCAGAACUGAAGAAGCUGUUUGACGUGUGCGGUAUUUCUGAAGCCCAGCUAAAAGACCAGAAGACAUCAAAAGUUAUCUAUGAUUUUAUCGAGAAAAAAGGAGGAGUGGAGGCUGUAAAGACUGAGAUCAGAAGACAAGCCCCUCCCACUCCUCCUCCGCCCUCACGAAGUGGUGUUCCUCCUCCUGUCCAAAUGACUAAAGGAGUGUCUAAAAUGUUGUUCAGUAAACUCCAUGGAAAGAGAUCAGAAUCACCAGCACCCAGCCGUAUCUCAGUGAAGAGUGAUGAGUCUAUGUUCAUGCCUCUGAAUUUUAAAGAUGGAGACUCCUCACUUCUACACGGGCAUGUUGGUCAUGUAGGCUGGGAUCCUAACACAGGAUUUGAUGUUAAUAAUCUAGACCCAGAACUGAAGAAGCUGUUUGACGUGUGCGGUAUUUCUGAAGCCCAGCUAAAAGACCAGAAGACGUCAAAAGUUAUCUAUGAUUUUAUCGAGAAAAAAGGAGGAGUGGAGGCUGUAAAAGAGUGAGAUCAGAAGACAAGAUGAAGAUGAUGAUGAUGAUGAUGAAGAUGACUUCGAGGAUGAGUAGGACUAGCAGCACUUUCUCCCCCCAGCUGAUCACGGCAUCUGAAAUGAAAACACUAAACUGUUUUCAGUCUCUAAAUCAUACUCUGAUUAUAAUUGAAAUCUUUGCUUUUUCUAUUAAUCUAUGUAAUACCUCAUUUCAUCAGGAAAAGGCUGGUCACAUUUUACCUUCCUAUAGGUUUCUUUAUCUUUAUCAUAUACUUCUCAGUGUGAAAUUUACAUCAUGUUUUCUUGACUUGUAGUGUGGAAAGGGUUUUUUUUUUUCUUCUGAUCCAUCUUUUUACCAAAGAGAAGUGAAAGGAAAAAAUUUAAUGUUGGCAAAUUUUACUGGAAGCGGGAACAGUAUUUGCAUACAUCUUUCUUCUGUACCUCACAUUUUCUAAAUUCAGAUUCUAGCGUUUUGUCAUUAUUUUCUUAAAAUCUUAAAGUUUGAUUUGUAUAUUUUUACAUUCAUUAAAGUCUAAAUCUGCUAUGUGAAUAGAGAAUAAUAUUACAGAGAUAUGAAAAAAAAACAAAAAAAAACAUUAUCAUGCUUGAAAAUUUCUUGCAACAUCGGUUGCUAUAGCAUUGUACUUUUUGGUUAUGUUUUUUUUUUUUUUUUUUUUUUUUUAAAGAGACCCAGAAAUAUUUUAUUUCUGAUAUUCUGAGAAUUGUUGGUUUAUUUUAGUCAACUGUGUUCAAAUAUUUUUAAAUAAAUAAAUACAUAAAUAAAUGUCAGCUCAGCCUUAAAGCUUUCAUGUGUCAUGCUAAUGACAUAUAUGCUGUGAUGCUUUAUUAAUUCCUCAUAGACAUCCCAGCCAUUAAUCUGACUACAGACUAAAUACCUUCUUUUUACUUUUUUUUUUGUCUGAGAUUUAUGUAUGUAUCAGGAAACUGCAAAACAUUGGAAAUUGGAAGUGUUGAGAUGAGAUUUAUUAAAUUGUGCACUCACUCAAAUAAAUGUCAAUAUUUA